AUAUUCAACAAAUUUUACUCUUCUUCUUCUCCUUCUUCCUCCUCAUCUCAAGAAUUUCAGAACCAAAAUGGAGAAAAUCCAGCAUAACUUCAUCACUGUUCGAGGGCUGAAGCUUCAUAUAGCUGAACUCGGCUCAGGUCCUAACGUGGUUCUGUUCUUACAUGGGUUCCCGGAGAUUUGUUGAGUCAUAAACAUGCCUUAAGAUCUGCUUUAUAUUUGUGUAAUGGUUCAAGACUUGGAUGCUGUUUCUUUGAGUCAUGUGAUCUAUGUAUGUUUGUGGCACUUGGAUGACAACACUGAUGAUGUAAAGCAAACUUCACUUGGGAUUUCACAUGUGCAUUUUGCAAGUGCUUGUGUUAUUAGUU